CCCGAUACACUUAGUUUACGUCUGACGUUCCGCGACAGCGCGAGUAGCUCUCCCGUCAUCCACGUUAUCGACAUGCUCUCGAUGAGACGUGACAGACCGAUGUAACAUAGUACACGACGCGCCAAGGGACAUUCGUGACGGAUAGCGCGAUGAAGGAGCGAUCGUGAGUCACUCGUCUGGAAAAAGCAAUCGAAAAAGAUAUUUCGAGUAUUCGUGAUUAAUUUCGUGAUAAUAAGGAGAUUGACGAACGAAAUAAAGCCGUGUUAAUGAAAGGAGGAAAACCGUAUUGAUCCGUCUUCUGACAAUAUCACUCGGUUUAAUCUCGUUAAUAUAUUUAAUAUUGAUCAUGGAGUCGGAACGAACGCAAGUAUCUGAAAAAGUGGGAAAAGCCUCUGGCGAUUAUAUAAAGACCAUUGAAGGCGGUAUGCAACCGACACAGGACCUGGAGAUUAAAAUUUACAAGAAAAGAUGGCUGAUGCUUGUUCUCUUCGUAUUGUAUAGCGCGAGCAACUCCAUGCAGUGGCUCCAAUACAGUGUUAUAGCGAACAUCGUAAUGCACUAUUACAAUGUCUCGAGUUUUCUGAUAGACAUGACAAGCAUGAUAUUUAUGAUAACAUAUAUACCAUUGAUAUUUCCCGCCAGUUAUCUGCUCGAUAAAUUCGGCCUCAGAUACGCCGUGAUCUUCGGGGCGCUCGGAAACGCCCUCGGUUCCUGGAUAAAGGUAUUCAGCAUAGCUACCGAUCGCUUCUGGAUCACGUUCCUCGGCCAAACUCUGGUGGCAGUAAGUCAAACCUUCAUUCUGUCAGUUCCAGCCCGAUUGGCCGCUGUUUGGUUUGGGCCUGAUCAAGUUAGUAGUGCCUGUAGCAUCGGUGUCUUCGGCAAUCAGCUGGGUAUAGCCAUUGGUUUCCUAUUUCCACCGAUGUUAGUGCCCAACAGCAACGAUAUUUGCAACAUCGAAAAGGGAUUGCGACUUAUGUUCUAUAUCGUUGCGGGUCUCACGACGCUCGUGCUAGUUCUUAUAUUAUUUUUUUUCAAGUCGGCACCGCCUUUUCCACCUAGCUCUGCUCAAGUUGUGCAAAGGGAGAACAUCAGAAAUGAGACAUUUUCACGUUCUAUUAAAAAGCUGCUCACCAAUAUCGGUUAUGUUUUGCUUUUAGUCAGCUAUGGCAUCAAUAUCGCCGUCCUUUACGCCAUAAGCACCCUGCUAAAUCAAGUUAUUCUCAAAUAUUUCCCGGGACAUGAAGAGGACGUUGGUCGUAUCGGCUUAACGAUAAUUUGCACCGGGAUGUUGAGCUCUGUUAUAUGCGGUGUUAUAUUAGAUAAAACACACAAGUUCAAGGAGACUACGCUAGCAGUCUAUCUAUGCUGUUUCAUAGGAAUGAUAAUCUUUACUGUUACACUGGAUAACAAUGGGAUAUAUGUUAUCUACAUCACGGCCGGCAUCUUGGGCUUCUUCAUUACCGGUUAUCUACCGGUCGGUUUUGAGUUCGCUGCUGAGCUUACAUAUCCGGAACCGGAAGGAACGGCAGCGGGUCUGUUGAACGCGGUGGUGCAAGUCUUCGGCAUCAUCUUCACGAUGCUCUACGGUUUUUUGCUUGGAAAAUGGGGCGAUUUAUGGGCAAAUAUUGCGAUGUGCAUCGCACUUGGAAUUGGCAUCUUGCUCACGAUCAUAAUACCCAACGAUCUGAGACGCCAGAACGCGAAGGUUUGAUAAUCCAAAUAGCAGUCAAAUGUAACAAUCAGCGAUGAAUAGCUUGGUACGAGCGAUUUCCGCCUCGACAAUUUUCCCCGCAACACGUCGUUAUAGUCCAUUUGGGACUUAAUUUAUUCCUCACAUGAGUACAUACUAUAUGCGCCAAGAGUAGCGCCGUUUCUCUGAGUCACGCGUACCUAACGAGGGAAAAUAUAUCUUCCCCGAAACUAGGAAUUCUAAAAAAGACUAGUUGCAUACUACGAUAAGAAAAAUAUUGUUAUUUUUCGUAAGAUUCUCAGAUGUUUAUUUUUCAAGACUUGCUGCUUAUUAUCUAAGUACUAGAAAACUUGAAAAUUAGGAAUAUCUAGAAGAAUGUGUUAGAAAGAUGUCUUUAGAAAUAAUGGUCCAAUUUUAUGUGAAAAGAUUUAAUAGCCAGAUUUGUUGAAGAGUCAAAGAAAAAAAAAUAUAUAUAUCAAUGAA